CUGACAGUGUCCUGCUUCCAUCCAGUGUAAAAACACAGCUUGUCAUCAGGACUAAUGGAGGCAACGGGAGUUUGUGAGCUCGAUGUUGCGACCAGAAGAAUAGUGGGGGGCAGCGACUCUCCCCCCGACCUGGACAGCCCAUGUCAGGAGGAGGUGGCGGCAGCGUUUGGUUUGGGCCUGUGCUGUGCUGAGGAGGAGAGGGGGGAGACUCCAGGCAGAGAGGACAGCCCCAGCGACCUGGGAGAGACGGAGCUGGACCCCGGGGGAGACCUGAAGAGCAGGGAGGACAAGGCGUUUGGGAAGGAGGUUGUUCUUCUGAUGCAGGCCCUGAAUUCCCUCGCCACUCCUGAGGAGAAACUAGCUGCUUUGUGCAAGAAGUAUGCAGACCUGUUGGAGGAGAGCCGCUGCCAGCAGAAGCGUCUUAAAGCCGUGCAGAAGAAACAGUCUCAGAUAGUGAAGGAGAAGAUCCACCUGCAGGGGGAGCACAGCAAGGCCAUCCUGGCCCGCAGCAAGCUGGAGAGCCUCUGCAGGGAGCUGCAGAGACACAACAAGACCCUGAAGGACGAGAACGCCCAGCGGUCCAGGGAGUAUGAGGAGCAGAGGAAGGAGGCCAUGCUGCACUUCCAGAUGACGCUGAGCGACAUCGAGGUGCAGAUGGAGCAGCACAGCUCCCACAACACCAAGCUGAGGCAGGAGAACAUGGAUUUGGCUGAGAAGCUGAAAAAGCUCAUCGAGCAGUAUGAGCUCAGAGAAGAGCACAUAGACAAGGUGUUCAAGCACAAGGAGCUGCAGCAGCAGCUGAUGGACGCCAAGCUGCAGAGAAUCACCGAGAUGAUGAGAGAGGUGGAGGACAAGCAGCAGAGGGAGAGAGACUUUCUGCUGCAAGACGCCACAGAGUCCAGACGCAAGUGUGAGCUGAUGAAGGAGCAGGAAACACAGCUCAAACAACAGCUCUCCCUGUACAUGGACAAGUUUGAGGAGUUUCAGAGCACUCUGGCUAAAAGCAACGAAGUCUUCACCACCUUCAGACAAGAGAUGGAGAAGAUGACCAAGAAGAUCAAGAAACUGGAGAAGGAGACGACACAGUGGAGGACCAAAUGGGAGAGCAACAACCAGGCUCUGCUGCAGAUGGCUGAGGAGAAAACUCUGCGUGACGGACACUUCAAAGCGCUGCAGGGGAAGCUGGAGCUGCUGGAGCGGCUGUGCAGAGCGCUGCAGAAGGAGAGGAACGACCUGAACAACCAGCUGAGCCUCCUGCAGGAGACCCCCGAGACCACGGACACCACGCAGACCCCCGAGACUACGGAGACCACGGAGACCACACAGGCCACACAGGCCCCCGAGACCACACAGGCCCCCGAAGCCCUGCCACGGGAGCCCUUCGUCAGUAAGGAGGCUGAGGCACAGGGAGAGGGGCUGGAGACAGAGGGCAUCCACGAGGCUCCCAGAUCUCCUGAACUGGACCCCACACUGGCUGCUACUCACACAACCACUGCUGCUACUCCACCCAGCAGCCAGCCUGCACAGCCCCCCUCCCCCCAGGACUGACCCGCCUUUAGGCCUGUGUGUAGGUGAGGGGGGGUGGGCCUGUAAAGCAAAUUCAUGGGGUUAGAUUUAUUUUUCUUUAUUUUAUUUGUAUUCUAGACUAGCCCCUCCUGGUUUCCCCAUAUAUAUUUAGUUGGCUAGUUAAAUGAUUGUAAAACAAAGGUAUUGUCUUAAGGGAAGAUGUAGGCUACCAUGGGGGAUGUGGGGAACUCAAAUGAAUGAUACAGAAGAAGACACAUAUGUUGUUGUUGGUGUGAUGCCCACUGAAGAAACAACUAAAGCAAUAUAAAGAGAUUUCUUUGGAACAAACUCAUUUGAUUUCCAUAUGGUCAGCUCAGCAGGCUGUACAGAAAAGAGCCAUCAUAUGUCCUCUGGCAGGUCCAAUACAGUUGAUCAUGUGGAAGAUCACGUUUGAUCCCCUACCAAGGCAAUACAUCACAAUGCAGCUCUGUGCUGCAACAGGUCCACAACCUUCAGUACACUUAUCUGAUAACCCUCUUACCUGCUUCAUCUCCAUUUACAUUGGACAUUUUAUAGAAUGAUCUAGGAAUGUGGCCAUUGUUUCCUCUUCAUGAUAUCAUACACCUCCAGUUGAAUGUGUGGUUUCCUAACCAUCACUUUAUACAGUGUCUCCUUUUGGAGUUGUAGAGUCAGUGAGAAUCAGGUUUUUGCUCCUCACCAUAAUCUUCCUUAAACAAGAACAAAGGCAUAAUUGGGUAGCCCAUGUGUCACCGUGUAGUUUGCGCUGAGAUGUUGCCUUGCAGUCCCAUUGAUUAUUAUCUGACCCCCCCCACCCCUACUUCCCCCCCCAUUGUGUGUAUUUAAAAACCAAGGUGGUUUGUGUAAUUAGUGUUAGGGUUUAGGAUGGCUGUAGUCUGAGGGAAGACUUUUCAGUCCAAUUGAAUCAUUUGCUCUUGCUUUGGCGUUGCCGCAGACUGACUCGGGUAAUGUCAGAAUCUACCUCUGCAGGUGAGGCUGAAGGGGAGGACGAGUCACCACAACUUGAGAGCUCUAUUUCUGUUGGGGGAGAAAGAGAUUUGCCCACACCCACUCUUUGAUUGUACAAUGUUCUUAAAGUCCGGUCUUGAUUUUCAAUAAACAUUUUGUAGAAUUUGCAAAAACGUU